GUGACGUUAUUGCCAUGCGCCUGCCAGGUGAUUGGCGGCGAGUUGACCGGCCGUUGGAGGCGGCGAUGGCGGAACCGUUGGCGUCCGGGAGCGGCGGCGAUCAGGGGACCGAUGUGAAAAUAGAAAACCAUUCUCUGUCACCAGGAGUUGCUGACCAUGAAAAGGAACUUGCGAGCAAUGCUUAUCAAGCUUACGCAGCAGGGCAGUUUGACACUUGCCUCCAGUGUCUGGCUCAUCUGCAAGAACUGAACAAAGAUGAUUACAAAAUAUCUCUGAAUAAAGCAGUGGUGGAGUUCUAUAAAAAUGGGCAGACUUUGACAGACACCUUGAGGCAGACACUCAACUUGUUGAGAAAUCAGGUCCAUUCCACAGUGGAAGAAAUGGAUGGACUGGACGAUGUUGAGAACAGUAUGCUUUACUACAACCAAGCAAUCAUUCUUUACCACCUGCGACAAUAUACUGAAGCAAUAUCCAUUGGGGAGAAACUUUACCAAUUCAUUGAGCCCUUUGAAGAGAAAUUUGCCCAGGCGCUGUGUUUCUUGCUCGUUGACCUUUACCUAUUGACAUAUCAGCCUGAGAAAGCAUUGCUGCUGCUUGCAAUCUUGGAGAAAAUGAUCUCGCAAGGAAACAACAAAAAUGGCAAGUCCAGUGAGGCUAACAAAGAUGCCACCAAUCAGAAGAUUGAUGCUGGAGUUAUGGUGGAAGCUGCAAAGUCUAAAAUUCAUCAGUGUAAAGUGAGGUCUUAUGUACAGAUGAAAUCGUUAAAAGCCUGUAAACGAGAAAUCAAAUCUGUUAUGAACACAGCUGGAAAUUCGGCCCCAUCGCUAUUUCUGAAAAGUAAUUUUGAAUAUUUAAGAGGAAAUUAUCGAAAAGCAGUGAAACUAUUGAACAGCGCAAACAUCACGGAUCUUCCUGGGUUUCUCAGCACAGGUGAAUGCAUUCGGUGCAUGUUCUGGAAUAAUCUUGGAUGCAUCCAUUUUGCUAUGGGAAAGCACAAUCUUGGAAUUUUCUACUUUAAAAAGGCAUUGCAGGAGAAUGAUGCUGCUUGUGUACCGUUGACAGGAACAACCACGGAUCAAGGGAAGAAGUUUUCAGGCAGACCAAUGAGUUCUCUGCUCACAAACAAACGUUAUGAACUGUUACACAACUGUGGAAUCCAGCUGUUGCACAUAGGCAGACCUUUGGCAGCUUUUGAGUGCCUGAUAGAGGCAGUUCAGGUGUACCAUUCCAACCCACGUCUUUGGUUAAGGCUGGCAGAGUGUUGCAUCGCUGCCAACAAAGGGACAUCUGAACAGGAGACCAGAGGACUGCCAAGUAAAAAGGGGAUAGUACAAUCGAUUCUGGGUCAAGGCUAUCAUCAAAAGAUAGUAUUGGCAUCACAGUCCACGCAGAACACAGUGUACAAUGAUGGGCAGUCUUCGGCCAUCCCAGUGGCCAGUAUGGAGUUUGCAGCCAUCUGUCUAAGAAAUGCUUUGCUUCUGCUCCCGGAGGAUCAGCAGGAGAUGAAGAAAGAUAAUGGUUUAAGAAAUUUCAAUCAGUCAGGCAGUGGUGAAAUCAACAAUGAAAGCAGUGAGACAUGCAGUGGUAAACCACAUGAAGGAGAGAGGUAUUUGGUUCCAGGCCCACCAUCUUCUCCAUUAAGGAAGCAGGAGUUAGACAAUUUGAGGUGCUCCAUUCUGGCUGGCAGUGCAUACAUUGCCCUUGCACUUGGUGACAACCUAAUGGCCUUAAAUCAUGCAGAGAAUCUUCUACAGCAGCCCAAAUUGUCUGGAUCGCUAAAGUUUCUGGGUCACUUGUAUGCAGCAGAAUCCCUCAUCUCCCUGGAUAGAAUCUCGGAUGCCAUCGCUCAUUUAAACCCUGAAAAUGUUACCGAUGUGUUCUUGGGAGUUUCUUCAAAUGAACAGGAUCAAGGUUCUGACCGAGGAGAAAAUGAACAGAUGGAAAGCUCAGGGAAACAGAUACUGCAAUGUUAUCCAAACUCUGUUACAUCUGCUCGUGCAAUGAUGCUCUUUAACCUUGGCAGUGCAUAUUGUCUACGCAGUGAAUAUGAUAAGGCUCGCAAGUGUCUUCACCAGGCUGCCUCAAUGGUUAAUCCCAAAGAGAUUCCACCCGAAGGUAUCCUCCUAGCUGUUUAUCUUGAACUGCAGAAUGGCAACACACAGUUAGCGCUACAAAUCAUUAAAAGGAAUCAGCUGCUGCCCUCAGUGAAAGCCCUGUCUUCUGAUGUGAAAAAGAAACCGAUGUUUCAGUCCAUCCAGACUGUGCAGCCACCGCCAUUCAGCACUGUCCAGCGGAAGUGAGACUGCUUACUGCUUGAGACCAACAUCUGCUUGCUGCCUUCAAGACUAUUCCCCUGCUGGGGAAGAAGCACAGGCUGCAGGGGAGAAACCCUCGAAGCAUUGCUGCUGUCAGCUAUCCAGCCAGGGAGAAGGGGAAAUCUAUCACCAUCCAGUACUAAGGAUACAAGCACCAGUCAGGUUAGGUUAGGGUUAAUCUAACUUGAACUUGAAUGCUCACUGAAGGUAACAUGUGCAUAGAUUCAGUGUGUUUCUGGACCUUGGGGAUUUAUUGAGUUUAUAAUGUUUUAUUUUAUGUAAUAGUUUGUAAUAACCACAGUAUUUAUAGAUGAUCAGAUUUGUUUCCUGCUAUAUAAAGACCACUUUUAUAUUGCCUUUUAGUUGCCCCUCUCUGUACUAGGUAUAUGCUAUAAAUCAGUUUUCUUAUGUCAUCCUUUAAUGAAACUGUCAUGGGGUUGCUGGUUGAAUUUGAUUCUGGAAACACAAUUAACAAAAUUAAUAUGAUAUAACUGUUCAUCCUGUUAUGAAGAAUAUUGCAAAUACUCUUGGUGUCAAUAAUAUCAUCUACCAGAGCUGAGGAGACAAUGUAUAGGGGGGGAUGGAGAUACUCCUAGACACCAUAGAAAAAUCUGCAGGAACACAGCUUCCUGAACUGUUAUAGAUAUUUUAUGGGAAUUUCACUAACAAGUUGAAGAUCCUGUCGUAAUCAAACCAAUGACAUUUUGUAAAGUGUUUUGUCAGAUCUGCAUUUCUUGCUGCUUUUCAGCAGUGAUUUUGCUUUUUUUCUGGAGCCAUUCAAAGUGUGCAAAGGCAGACCUAGAGAAAGAAAUUUAAAACCUAAAAUAUACCAAAUGAAUAAAUUAUAUUAGGGUGGAUUUUUCAUCCAGGAAAUUUGUAAAAGGAACCAAAAUUUAUUUUUGCUUUCCCGACCUGGAGCUGGGCUUUCAAAGGGCACUGAAGGAGUUGGAAGAAGGGGAAAUGAGCUGAAGAAAACGUGGAACCACAGGAAUAGAGCUGGGGUAAGGGGCUGACUAGAUUACACCUGCAGGAAGCUGGCAUGGAUGCAAGGGGCCAAGUGUUUGGAAUCAUCUUGGAGAGAGGACAGUUUGAUUCUUUUUGUUUCCCCAAAGCGUUCCUUGGACAUUCUCCCACAGGUGAUUCACAGUACUAAUGCUGAAUUUGGCUGCGUGAGUUCAAAUACACAGCAUUGCCUCAGGACCUGCCAUUAGCAGCACCCUACCCCAUGUAGCAGUGCUAAUUGAUACCAGGGAACGAGCAGCAGGCAAGUACUGCUGUGAGUUGGACUCUCUGCCCACAGUCUCAGAACCACCAGCUGCAUUCGACCAAGAGGGCAAGGUUUCAAUGUACCACAAAAUAUUAUUGGUCAAACACGGGUACUCCUAAACAUUGCAAAUCAAAUGAUAUUUUGGAAGCAUUGUUGACACUGAUUGUGAAUAAAGAACAAACAGUUAAUUCUGCA